CUGCCCUCCUCCCCAUUCCCAUUCCUCCUCCUGCGCCCUCCCAUGGCGGCGGCGCCGGCCCUCCGUCCCAUCCUCCUCCCUCGUCCCGCGCCCUCCCAUGGCAGCGGCGGCUGGCCCUCCGCCCAAUCCUCCCUCCUCCCACGCCCUCCACCCUCCUCCCGCCCCCUCCCGUAGCGGCGGCGGUGGCGGAGGCCUGCGCGGCGGCCAUGGCGGCCGGAUCCGUGACCCGCCCGCAUACCCACAGCCGCAGGCACCGCUUGGUGUGCCUCCACGCCGCCGCAAUCACCGCCCGGUUUAGGGGCUCGCAGUGCCUCCACGCCGCCAGCCGCCGGAGAUCCCCUUCCUCCCACGCCAGCUCGCGUACCCAAAUCGCGACGCCGUCUCCUCCCACCGCUAAUCGCGCGGCCUUCCCUCGCGACGCCGCCUCCCACCGCUAUCCGCGCGGCCUUCCCUCACCUCGCCGCCUCUCCUCGCCCUCCCCAUCUCCCGCGACCUCCCUCCGUCUCCGUCUCGCUCGGCGACCUCGCCGCGCAGACGCCCUCCACGCCGCCGUCGCCCAUGAAGCCCGCUCGUCGCCGUGCGCUGCAGACUCGUCGGUACCUUCCUCUGCGGCCGGGGCGCCCCUCCUCUCUUCAAGGCUGCUGCCGCCCUCCACGCUGGCGGAGAGGAAGGCCGUCCCCCUCGCAUCACCUUCCCCCUACCCGACGCGGGCUCGCCGCGCCUCACUCCCCCACCUGAAGCUCGGACCCCUCGCGCCUCCCGUGCGCCACUCGACGCCGCCUCCGGCACGAGACCCCACGGCCCGACGCUUCCGAGACCGCGGCGCCUCCAAGCUCCUCCACCGCACGACUUGUUUGGAUCGGCGGCCUCGGCGGCUUCCAGAUCGGCAUCAAACCGUCAAGGACCUCUACAACGGCAUCCGCGAGCAUGCAGAUCAAGAUGCUGCAAUGCAAGGGGGUAAAUGGCUGUGGACGAAAAGGAGGAUGGCAGAUCAUCCAAUCUUAUCGUUGACAACUGGCUCUAUCAGACCCCAGGUAUUUUGUCCUAGACAAGAUUUUACAACUGCGAGUGAUAGAACAUGAAAUUGCUAUGAUGAUAUGUCUGAACAUGGAAAUAGACAAGAUUUUUAUUUACAAGGUGAUUUUUUUCAUUAGGGAAAUGGAAAUUUUGUUAUAGUUGUAUUAACAAAUUUUGUUAUAGUUGUAUCAGCUAGCUUAGUAGUAGCUGAUAGGUUGAAUGCAUGUUUAAGUAAUGAGAUGAGAUUACCUAAUAUAAUUCAGUUAAGCUAAUAACUGAAUCUGCUUGUUUAAGUAAUGAUAGGUUGAAUGCAUGUUUAAGUAAUGAGAUGAGAUUACCUAAUAUAGUUGUAUUAACAAAUUUUGUUAUAGUUGUAUCAGCUAGCUUAGUAGUAGCUGAUAGGUUGAAUGCAUGUUUAAGUAAUGAGAUGAGAUUACCUAAUAUAAUUCAGUUAAGCUAAUAACUGAAUCUGCUUGUUCUUGAGCAAAUGAGGUGUUCCACAAUGAUGCAAUAUUAUUAUAUGAAAA